GAGGAAGGGCAGGGAGGCGGUCCUAGGCCCAAGUCUCACCACGACUGCGCAGAUUGGAUCCCGAGUGAACAUGGCGACUUGCGCUGAUAUCCUGCGAAGCGAGUUCCCUGAAAUUGACGGGCAGGUCUUCGACUACGUGACCGGUGUCUUGCACAGUGGCAGCGCGGAUUUCGAGUCUGUGGAUGACCUGGUGGAAGCUGUCGGGGAACUAUUGCAAGAAGUGUCCGGGGACAGCAAGGAUGACGCUGGCAUUAGGGCUGUCUGUCAGCGCAUGUACAACACUCUACGCCUGGCUGAACCGCAGAACCAGGGAAACAGCCAGGUGCUACUGGACGCCCCCAUCCAGUUGUCGAAGAUAAUGGAAAACUAUGACUGUGACACCAAACUUCCAGGACUGCUAAAGAGGGAACAGUCCUCGACAGUAAAUGCGAAGAAACUAGAGAAGGCUGAAGCUCGACUGAAGGCAAAGCAGGAGAAGCGUUCAGAGAAGGAAACACUGAAGACCAGCAACCCUCUAGUCUUGGAGGAGGCGUCAGCUAGCCAGGCAGGCAGCAGAAAAGAGAGUCGAUUGGAAUCAUCUGGCAAGAACAAGUCCUAUGAUGUGCGAAUUGAGAACUUUGAUGUCUCUUUUGGUGACAGGGUACUGCUGGCUGGAGCAGAUGUAAACUUGGCAUGGGGCCGACGCUACGGCCUGGUGGGACGCAAUGGUCUGGGGAAGACGACAUUGCUAAAGAUGCUGGCUACCCGGAGCUUGCGUGUCCCAGCCCAUAUUUCCCUACUGCAUGUAGAGCAGGAAGUUGCUGGAGAUGACACUCCUGCCUUGCAGAGUGUGCUGGAAAGUGACACCGUACGAGAGGACCUGCUACGGCAGGAACGGGAGCUCAGCCUCAGGAUUGCCGCUGGCAGGGCAGAAGGUUCAGAAGCUGCACAGCUGGCAGAAAUCUAUGGGAAGCUGGAGGAGAUUGAGGCAGAUAAGGCACCUGCCAGAGCAUCAGUCAUUCUUGCGGGCCUUGGUUUUACUCCUAAAAUGCAGCAGCAGCCUACCAGGGAGUUCUCAGGUGGCUGGAGGAUGAGAUUGGCCUUAGCCCGAGCUCUCUUUGCCAGGCCAGACCUUCUGCUGUUAGACGAACCCACAAACAUGCUGGAUGUAAGGGCCAUCCUGUGGUUGGAGAAUUACCUGCAGACGUGGCCCUCCACUAUCCUAGUUGUCUCUCAUGACCGAAACUUCCUGAAUGCCAUUGCCACAGACAUCAUCCACUUGCAUAGCCAACGGCUAGACGGUUACCGGGGGGACUUUGAAACCUUCAUCAAGAGCAAGCAGGAGCGCCUUCUCAACCAGCAGCGCGAGUAUGAGGCCCAGCAGCAGUAUCGCCAACACAUCCAGGUUUUCAUCGACCGUUUUCGAUACAAUGCAAACAGAGCCUCUCAAGUGCAGAGUAAACUGAAGAUGUUGGAGAAGCUACCUGAACUAAAACCGGUGGACAAGGAAUCCGAGGUGGUGUUGAAGUUCCCCGAUGGAUUUGAGAAGUUCUCACCGCCCAUUCUGCAGCUAGAUGAGGUGGAUUUCUACUAUGAUCCUAAGCACAGCAUCUUCAGUCGCCUGUCUGUCUCUGCUGAUCUUGAGUCCCGCAUCUGUGUGGUUGGGGAGAAUGGGGCUGGGAAAUCUACUAUGCUGAAGCUGCUCAUGGGGGACCUGUCUCCUGUUCGGGGUAUCAGGCAUGCCCACAGGAAUCUGAAGAUAGGCUAUUUUAGCCAGCACCACGUGGAACAGCUAGACUUGAAUGUCAGUGCUGUGGAACUCCUGGCUCGAAAAUUUCCUGGGCUACCUGAAGAGGAAUAUCGUCACCAAUUGGGCCGGUAUGGCAUCUCUGGAGAACUGGCCAUGCGUCCUGUUGCGAGCUUAUCUGGGGGCCAGAAAAGCCGGGUAGCCUUUGCUCAGAUGACCAUGCCUUGCCCCAACUUCUAUAUUCUGGAUGAACCCACAAACCACCUGGACAUGGAGACCAUUGAAGCUUUGGGCCAGGCUCUCAACAACUUCAGGGGUGGUGUAAUUCUGGUAUCUCAUGAUGAGCGCUUCAUCCGACUGGUGUGCAAGGAGCUGUGGGUGUGUGAGAACGGCAGUGUCACUCGGGUUGAGGGGGGCUUUGACCAGUACCGGGCCCUCCUCCAAGAACAGUUCCGCCGGGAGGGCUUCCUCUAGAGCCCCAGUUGAGUAAGGACUGUGCCUAGGACGUGGACUGGUUUUGGAAGAUCCCUGAGCUACCAUGUAGGCAACCAACUCCAAGCUUAGGACUUUCCCUACUUGGGGACAGCCUUAUUUCCCAAAUUUCUCUUUUCCUUUCAACUGGAGCAUCCUCUGCACAAUGUGGGAGACCUAUCCAAGGGCCUGUGAAACAGUCCUGAAGGAAAAGGAUAGGGGAUGCUAUCUGGGGUUAUAAGUACCCCACUGCCCAGCUUGGCAGGGCCCAACAUGGCUGCUGUGUAAAUUAAAUCCCCUCCUGGAUCUCUUUUGCCUCUCUGCUCGUUCAUGGGCAGGGCUUGCCAUGGUUUUCUGCUCUGGGUUCUGGGCUCUCUGUUACUUUCCUGUGAUGUGACUGUCAGUCAUACAGACAAAGCAGCAGCAGUCCAGCCUUCCUCUUGUUGGGCAAUGUCAUCCGUCUGUCCCUGAGGUGAGCUUGAGCUAGGGGAUGGAGAAGGGUGUAUUGGGAUUGUUCUGGUGCUCACACCCUAGCCUGAAAUUCACCUCGGGUGGGGGGUGUUGAGAGGAGGGUCGUGGGCUCUACUGUCUCAGCCCCUGCUGCUUGGGAGUUUGAACUGACUGAAUUCUGGCCUCACACGGCUCACCAACUGCUUUCUGGGAUCUCUGGCCCUGUCUCUCAUUUCUAUAAUCUGGACCUUAAGGGCACAAGAGAAACCUUUGUUGUUCCCAGUUUGCAUUAAUGAUUUAUGUUCUUGUUUUCCCUCUAACCAUGUAGAAGCAGCCUGGGAAGUAGGGAAUUGUCUAACUGGAAAAAAAAAAUAGGACACAUGAUUCUUUUCAAAUAAAGCAGACUUGUAAGAGAGGAGGACACGUGCAAGAGCAUGUGCCUGUGGUCCAGGCACAUUGAGGGUGAAGCCGGAGGCUCAUCUGAAUCCAUGUAAUCCAUGAAUCUCCUGGCCUGUGAGACCUGCCUGUUGUAUAAAAGAGGGAAGAGAGCUGUCUAACAGGAGUCUGGCCUGAAAGUUAGUUCUCAAGGACUUAGCUGCUAUAAUUAAUCAGUAUGUAGAAGACAUUAAAAUGGAGUCAAC